AUGGUUAUUAAAAUUUUUUUAACAGCAACACUUGGUAUAAUUGUUUGUGGAAUACAAUUCACAUGGGCUGGUCCAAUAUUACCACAAUUAUUGUCGGGAAGCUUUAAAAUACAAAUAACCAUGGAACAAUCUGUAUGGGUUGUUGGCCUUGUUCAAGUUGGUGCAAUUCCAGGAUGUAUUGUGGCAUCAAUUAUCUCAAAUAAUUAUGGACGGAAAAAAGCUAUUUUAUUCGCAACAAUACCAUUUAUCAUCUCAGCAAUAAUUACCAUUUUCGCCGAAACAAUUUUACAAUUUUAUAUGGCACGAUUUAUUGGUGGAUUUGGAGUUGGUAUCGCAUAUACGGUAAUUCCAAUGUAUAUAAGUGAAAUUUCAUCAGCAGAAAUUCGUGGAAUUUUGGCAACUUCGAUCCCGUUGUCAUUCAGUUUCGGUCAAUUUAUUUGUUUUGUUUUGGGUGCAUAUUUACCGAUUGUUACAUAUUCCGCAGUUUGUGCAAUUUUCCCAAUUAUUAUGUUAUGUUUCACAUUUUAUUUACCGGAAACGCCAUAUUUUCAAGUGAUUAAACAGGAUUUUGAGAAAGCAGAAAAUAUAUUGAAAUUUCUAAGAAAAAAAAUUUAUGUUGAAGAGGAAUUAAAACGAUUAAUUGAAGGAUAUAAAGCAUACACGACUGAAAAGCAAUCAUUGUGGGAUCUGUUCAGGGACAGCACAAAUCGGAAAUCAGUAAUUACAAUUACCGCGCUUUUAAUGGCUCAACAAUGGACGGGCGCAGUUGCAAUUUUUUCAUAUUCACAAGUAAUUUUUGUAGAUGGUCAUUCAAGUAUUUCCGCUGAAACAUGUGGAAUAUUUUUUUCGUUUAUGAAUUUUGCUGUUGUAUUUCUUUGUGGAGUAUUAGUUGAUCGAUUAGGACGACGUAUUCUACUUAUGAUUUCUGGAUCAAUUUCAAUUUUGCCGUUGGCUUUAUUGGGCGGAUAUUUUUAUUUACAAGAUUAUACGAAAUUUGAAUAUAUCGAACAACUUCGAUUAAUACCAUUAAUUGCAACGGUAAUUUUCAAAGUUUCACUUGGUAUUGGUGUAAAUGCAUUACCGUAUUUAAUUUUGGGAGAAUUAUUUCCAACAAGUGUUAAAGCGCAUGCUGCGUCGGUAAUGUCAAUAUGUGGAUCUGCGUUCGGUGCUGCGGGUAAUAAAAUGUAUCAAGUUUUUCUUGAAGAAUUUGAUUACCCUGUUACAUUUGGAAUAUUUAUCAUGUGGAUGAUUUUAGCAUUAGUAUUUAUUUAUUUUAUGGUACCAGAAACUAAAGGUUUGACGCUAGAAGAAAUUCAAGUUAAAUUAAGAAAAUCGAAUACAAAAUAA